AUGGGCCUACCUCAAGAGUCGUCCGGCGCUGCGCCCUCCAUUGACUCCGAAUCUCAUCUCUCCAAGCGUCGUCGCUUCACACCAAACUCCCUCCCUAUUAUUCCUGUCUCCAAUAAUACGGAUAUUGAGCAUCAUACCUUCGACUCACCCUUGCUAUUGCAGCUGUGUGAACAAGCCCCUGAUCAAGCAGAAAUUGAGGCUGGUCUUCUCCAGGUCGGCAUGCGCGUCAGGAAGGCUGUUGCUGAAGGAUACAAGACUCAGGUGAAGAAAUUCACCCCUCGUCCAUUCUUCAAUGUCGACAGACUCUCUCCUGAAACCCAGGCGGCCCUUUGCGGAGGAAACUCGGGCGCAACCAAUGAAUUGUCUCCAUAUGCUGCCUCACAAAUUCAGCCUCUGAGCACGGCUACCUUUUGUGGCAUUAAUCUGGCAUUCAUGUCUCAUUACAGCGAGGAUAUGUCCAACGACUUGGGGAGCUCUUUCGUCUCGGAACAAUCUCUUUGGUCUUAUUGUACCAGCCACAAGCGUGGUUAUGAAGUUGACUCGGAUAGCGAGGAAAGCCAGGACUGGCAGCCUCAGACACCCAGCUUGGUCGCGGAUGCUGGGGUGACCAUGCCCGUGGAUUUUUUUGCCAUCGAUAUGGAUACUAUGAGCUCGGUUAACUCCAUGACCCAGAUUGACAACCGUACCGGACAACAACUCAAUGGUCGAAGAAUGGCAAUGCCCAAGAGUCGAAGCCGGUUUGUUCAACCAGCUGCACCGCAGAUGCCACCAGCUUCUCCAUUCAACCCAUUCGCCCACGUGGCCGAUCAUCAAUCAGAGCCUCACCUUGGUCAUAAGCGAAUGAUCAGCUGUGGUAUGGAAGCCAUGGAUUUUGGUGAAGCUCCAUUUUUGCAACGACGAGAGGAUGUGGAAAUGGACUGCUCCUGA